GGCGGCGGGGCGGGGGGGUAGGGAGGGAGGGAGGGAGGGAGGAAAGGCGGGCGGCUGUGGCGGCGGAUAAUGAUGGCGUGGUGCGUGCGGCCGCUGGGCGGCCGGGGACGCUGAGGGGAAGGAGGCGGCAGGACCCCCGCCCCCAGAUGGCUUUCCGGCUGCCGCGAUCCGCGCUGGGGAUAACACCCGAUGUGGCCAUUCACGCGCUUUGAUUUCUUUCUCCGCGCGUACGCUCCCUGCGUUCCAUUUCAGUGCGAACGGGGAGGCUGAGUGAGUGAAAGGCUGCUUUUGGGAUCUUCUGUGGCAUCUACACUGCCUGGUGUUGGAGGGUGGAAGCUUUGUGCUAGCGAGUUGUUCUUCCCAUUCUUCUCAAGGAGCGGAGGGAGCUUUCUCUUCAACAAUGAUGAAAACCGAAGCCAAAGGGGAAAGGACUUUAAGAAGUGCUUCUCCACACCGAAAUGCUUACAAAUCUGAUUUCCAUGCUAUCAAAUGCUCUUUUGAUGGUGUAAACAAUCCUGAUAACGCUUCCAACAAAACAGGCUUGCAUCAGAAGCUGAGCACCUCUUCCAAUGGAGGAGGAAGUGACCCGCACAGUCGAGGCAGAGCUGCCACUUAUGGCAACAGAGUACACAAGAUCAAAAGUAUGUUUCUGCAAAUGGGAAGUUCUUCCUCCACAACCUCUUGUGAAAGCAGUCCACCUGCUGAGACCAAAUUAAUCAGCCGAACCACAGCAGCAGAGUAUGGAUCUUCUCCAGGUAGUCCAUCUUUUCUCAUUGUCCAAAAAAAUAAUCUUCUUAAUACAACUACCAGCCCCAGCGGUCCUGUGGAUUCAUUGUCUAUGUCUUCUGCUGCUGACAAAGUCAUCCGUAGCAGUGAUGAGGCAGACUUGGACAAAGUUGCCCUGGCAGAAAAAUUUUCAGAGACCAGGAAGCUCUUCGAGAGAAAUAUAAAACAGCGGAGCUCAGUGGACAGAUAUUCCCCCAGCAAAUGUGAAAGAAGUGAAGAUAAGAGGAGACAUGGUUCAGCUUCUGAUUGCAGCAAUGUGGCGGACCACUUCAGUUUUAAUACAGAAGCAAGCCCUCCAGUUGCACUGGAGAAAGCUGAAAAUCAAAGUAACGAAGAAUUGAAGCAGCAACAUGCUAAUAGUGGUUCCAAAUCUUCCUUCCUGAAUGCAGGGCCCAUUUCUAGGAGGCUGGAAAGCUUUCUGGGUGACAGUGAUACUGAAGAAUCCAAAGAAACUUCCAAAAAUGAUAGUUCUCCAAAUCAGGACCCUUUGAGAGGCCAGCAGACUUUGAAUUCAUCUGCUGUUGCUGAAGGAUGUCUGGAGAAGGGUGCAUUCCCCAGAGUGCCUGAGAUCUGCAGAGAUGAGCCCAGCAAGGCACUUGCAAAAGACAAAAGAGAGCAGCUGGUAUUUGAGAGAAGCCCAUGGAGUGUGGGCAGUAUGCCUGCUCAGGAGGCUCAGCAGACGUCAGACAGUGUUUGCUCCUGGGUUUCUCCCACAGAGGGGACUUGCACAGAGCUUGUUGCACAAGAUGAAACCUCAGGGCAAGUAAAAAAAGGUUUGGGGAAAGAUCACGUUGAUGAGGAGAAUCACAAGCUUGUAUGUAACGUACAGGAAGGGAAGAGAAGUGACUAUGCUUUGGAAGUGGUAGAAGAGUUUACAGAUGGCAGCAAGACCAAUUGGGAAGAGGAGAGAGAUGGGAUUUCUGUAAGAGAUGGUCCAGUUACACAAGUACAGGAUGUUCUAGAGCAGGAAGAGGAUCCUGGAGAAGAGGAGCAAGCGUUGGAAAAGCAAAGUGAGGACUUCAGUGAUUUUGGAAUAGAGAAUGCAGCUUUUGACGAUGACAGGGACACAGAGCCAGAAAACCAAGAGCCUGAAGGCAAAGAAAUUUUGGAGGGAGAGGAGGACUAUAUGUAUGACAGUGAAUAUGAGGAAUUUCCUGGACUUUCUGAAGAGGAAGAUCCAGCGCCAGACCGAAAAGUCAAGUUCUCAACAGCUCCUAUCAAAGUUUUCAGUACUUACUCAAAUGAAGACUAUGAUAGACGUAAUGAAGAUGUUGACCCUGUGGCAGCCUCAGCUGAGUAUGAACUCGAGAAAAGGGUGGAAAAAAUGGAAGUGUUUCCUGUGGAAAUUGAAAAAGGUGACAGGGGUCUGGGCAUCAGUAUCAUUGGAAUGGGAGUUGGUGCUGAUCAGGGACUGGAAAAACUAGGGAUUUUUGUGAAAACGAUAACAGAUGGUGGAGCUGCUCAGAGGGAUGGACGAAUUCAAGUAAAUGAUCAGAUUGUUGAGGUUGAUGGCAUAAGUCUAGUAGGAGUUACUCAGUUCUUUGCAGCCACUGUACUAAAGAACACCAAAGGCACGGUGAGGUUUCUGAUUGGGAGAGAGAAGCCAGGGGCUGAGAGUGAAGUAGCCCGUCUCAUUAGUGAGACCUUAGAGCAAGAGAGGUGUCUGUACGAGCAGCACUAUGUCCAUGAUGAUACAGAGCAGGAUGACGACUAUGAUGAUGAGGAAGAGGAUACAUAUGAGUCACAUUUACACGGAAAAUCUGUAGAAGUUUUUGAUCUUCCUGAAAAUGAAGAUAUUGGUUUACUACUGGAUAUGGAUUCAGCACAGUCUCUUCUUAAAUUUAAAGAGCUACAAUUAAAACAUGCAGUAACAAUUGCUGAAGUGAAUCAACUGAAGGAGAAAUUAAAAGUUGUUGAAGCAGAAAAAAGUGAAUGGAAAUUUAAUCGAGCCCAACUACAGCAAAACUUGGAUGAAAGCAGAGAGAAAAUUAAGAAGUUAGAGACUUACUGGUUAGAGGCACAAAAUUUAUGCAAAACAGUCAAUGAGCGUCUUAAAGAGACUCAAGAACAAUGUGAUGCCCUGGAAAAGAAAUACAACAAGGCCAAGAAAUUGCUUAAAGACUACCAACAAAAGGAAAUAGAAUUUAUGAAGAAAGAGGAAGAUCAUUCAAAGCUACUUGAAGAGCGAGACCAGAAAUACACAGAACAACUGAAAAUAUAUCAGGAAAAAAUUGCAGAGCUUGAAAAUAAAUUAAAAGCGUAUGAGAAAAUGCCUUAUGUGUUUGAUGGUGGCAGUUUAUUGGAAGAUGGCUGUCAAAGUCCAGGCCAGUCUAACGAACAGUCAAAGAUAAAAGAAGACAAUGAAAAAGAAACCAAAUCAGUAGAAGAACGAAUAAAUUCUUUAGAUAUGCUGAUUUCUGAUUUUGAUGCUUUUGUUGGGGAUACUCCCAGAUUAGACACCAGUGCUCACAAAGCAAAAGCUCAGCUUGCAUUGAAAGUAAAACGCCAGCCACCUUCUCGGUCAAAGCUGAAAGAAUCUCUUGGGGGUGGACAGCAGACUGCAGAUCUGCAGGAUGAGGAUUCAGAAGACAGUGUUCUCAACAGAGACUCUUCCACUAUGUACCUAACUAAGACCUUAGAAGCAAGUGAAAAAUCACCUCUCCCCUGCCUGGAUGACACAAAUCAAAAGAGUGAAAAGCCUGAGAAAAGAGAAAGCACAGAAAGUCCUUUAGAGUCAAGUCCUUCUGCUUCCACACACUCCUCUCCAGUACACAAACCAAACGAAAAUAGCCCAACCACCACUCGCUCACCUCCUCCUGAAGGGAUGGCUCCAAGUUCUCCUCAAGGCUAUCUCAAGAAUGUUAAGCAAAAAGAAGCAAAAGGGAAAGGGAAAGAAGCCAAGGAAGAAAGGAAAAAUGAAGACAGGACAGCAGAAACAAAUGAAGGAAUACCACCAGGGAAGUCCAAAAGGAGAUUUCCAGAUUUUGGUGGACUGCGGAAAUCUGGGGGCAAGGGUAAGAAGCAAGAAAAAGAAAAUCUCAGAGGUUCUCUGGAUAGCAGAGGUUCCCGAGAACUUUUGGAUGACUCUGGCAACAAUCUAUCUGCAUCAGAUUCAGAUUCCCCUGUUCCUACUUGCAUGCCUUUCUCUUGGUUUGGAGACAGCCACAAAGAGCCUCAAAUUUCAAGUACCAGUCUGCAGGUUACUCAGAGUGGGCAGGAUGGUUAUGAGCACGGUCAAGAGAAGAACAGAAGCAAGAGUAGAAUUGUCAUAGAUGAUACAUACCAUAGCAAGCCAAGUUGUGAACUUUCAGGGUUAGUGACAGAACCAAAUCUGUCAGGUCGUUCACACACUUUAACCUUCUCUUCAAAUGAGGCAUUGGAUGAUGAAUUUACAACAACGGGAAAGCAAAAUCAAUGGCACAGUAGACCUAUUUCUGAAUGGACCACCCAGCAAGUGUGCCACUGGUUAAUGGGAAUGAACAUGGAGCAGUAUAUUACAGAGUUCACAGCCAUGAACGUAGAUGGACAGCAGUUGAUGCAGCUCGACAGUGAGAAGUUGAAGGCUUUGGGAGUUUCCAGUCAAAAUGACCGAUCAACAAUAAAGAAAAAAAUUAAAGAUAUUAGAAAAACACAGGAAAAACUGGAAAAGCAGAAGGAAAAGGUUCAAAGGAAGGAGAAAGAAGUUCGCAAGACUGGCAGAGUGGUGGCCACUCUUGAAUCAAGCUGCUAAAAUGACCAUUUUAUUUUAGGGCAGACUUGCCUAAUCCUGAGGAAGUUCAGCAGAUUUGUAUAUAAUUGUACACUUGAGGGAGGAGGGAAAGUGCAACAGUUUAACGUGGUAGGUGGGUUUUUUCUUUUUAAUUGUGGUCCCUCCCCAUUACAGCCCAAUAAAAUGAAAUAAUGUUUUCAAUAUUUUUAUUUCUAGUUGAUUCUGCCUGUACUAAUAGACAAUAAUUUAACUUUCUGCCUUAAGUAACAUUUCUGCUCCUAAAGUGUCAUAUGCCCUUUUCAUUGAAAUUGAUGUUUGUGAGAAGUAGAAUAUGGUAUUAAAAAUCAUUCCAGUAUUAAUCAACUACCAUUUGAUAGAGUUGAAGCUGAUAGAGGGACAACAGGAAAAUCCUGCCAACAAAUUCAGUCUGACAGUCUGUUUAUCUGUUGCCACUAAAGAUGUACAGUAAAAAUUAAGUUUAAGGAAACGGUAAUGUCUAAUUUAAAAAGAAAGCAUGUAUUUCAAAUUUAGUAUUAUUUUAAUUCUUGUACUUCUGGAACUUCAUUCAAAGGUCACUUGAGUAAUACAUUUUUUUAAUUCUAUGUGCUGCAAUUUACUGAGAAAAUAACAAGAAAUACUAAGUAGUUUUCACAAACUACAUAUCCUACAUAAUACUAAGUUUUCUGUACACUACCCAUGUGGUGUUGGAACAAGGUUUAAGCCUAUAAAUAAGAUCCUUUUUAACCUAUUUUUCCUAAAUAAUACAUAGUUUUAUAGAUUUAUGCUAUGAAUAAGAUCAAUUUGCAAUACAUGUAUUUCUCUUUUCUACAUGCUACAAGAUUUUUUGCGGACCAAAUUUAUAUAUUUGCUAAUUUUAAACAAUACUGUUUUUCAGACUUAAAAUACUGAGGAAAGAAUUGUAGGAAAAAUUAUCACUGACGCACUGGUUUCUGCCUUGUAUUUAAAUGUCCAGUUGUAGACUACAGAUUAUUUCUCUUUAAAGGAGGAUUUGAUUCUUGAAAUAGCUUAGAACAUAACUUGGUGUUUUGUAUAUUUACAUACUAUUUUCUAGAGAUACUACACGAGCACUUCCUAAUUUAGAUUAUUCCAGAAGCAUAGACUAGAUUAAAUAUCAGUUCCAUCCCAGAAUGGACUAGAACAAAACUUACAUAGUUCGUUUAUGUGGACCAAGUUCUCCUUUAAAUCUAUGGACUGUUUUUCAUUUUAAUUAAAUGAAUGAACUUCACUGUUGGUGUUUCACAUUUAUUACUUUUUUGUAUAAAUGUCUUAAGAAUUUCAGCAAAGGACUGUGUGGAAAUGCUUCUGCACACUCGGCAUUUCCAAAAUAAAGUUUGAAAAUUUUGGUAAUAAUUCCUUUUUAAAA